AUGCCACGGUCACGAUCGCGAUCGCGAUCCCCUCGAAUGGAGGAGCGCAGGCGGAGUAGGUCUCCAGAUGGUGACAGGGAUAGGCCGCGGAAAAUCCAUAGUGGCUUCCGGUGGAAAGAUACAAAGCGUCGCGAUGACAGCAGAUAUGCAGACGACGACCGCAGACUGGAACGGGGUUACAGAGACAGAGAUCGACCACGGUCGCCACGUCGGGACAGAGAUGGGGAUAGGUACGGAGACAGGUAUAGGGACGGUGCCCGUGACCGGAGGCGUGACGACAGGGAAGGACGUCCCCUCCAUGAUCGCGAGAGGCACCGAGACGAGGACCGCAAGCCGAAGCCGAAGGAGAAGAAGCCGGCAGCGACACAGCCGUCAGAGCCUAUGAUUGUCGUACAUGUCAAUGACCGCCUGGGAACAAAGGCUGCUAUCCCGUGCCUGCCUUCAGAUCCAAUCAGACUCUUCAAGGCUCAGGUUGCCGCGCGCAUCGGGCGUGAACCACACGAAAUACUGCUCAAGCGGCAAGGAGAACGCCCAUUCAAGGACCAGCUGACGUUGGAGGAUUAUGGAAUUAGCAACGGGGUCCAGCUUGAUCUUGGUUCCGCGGGGAUUUUGGAUGCAGAAUUCUUGGCCGCAUCUCUCCACCGGCGAUCGCCCGAGACUUUUCCCAUAAUCCACCUACCCUCUUACCUCCCCACACCCUUGCCUCUCUCGCCCUUCACCACUUUCACGACCUUCUGCGACCUCGAAAAAGUUUGCUUAGCCAUGGUCAGAAACAUCGUUGUCAUCGGGGGCACCUCCCAUCCGCGACUGACUCAGACUAUCUGCAACCACCUUGGUAUCCCUCCGGCUAAUGUGCUACUGUCGAAAUUCUCCGUAGGCGAGACCAGAGUGGAAAUACAAGAGUCCGUCCGAGAAAAAGAUGUCUACAUUAUCCAAUCUGGAGGGGGGAAGGUCAAUGACCAUCUGAUCGAACUGUUGAUCACCAUCUCAGCCUGCAAAACCGCCUCUGCCAAAAAAGUAACCGCUGUUCUCCCACUGUUUCCCUACUCGCGCCAGAGUGAUAUUCCUUACAACAAGAGCGGUGCGCUGCUCGCCAAGUCGUCUCUUCAACAAUCAUACACGUUUGACAGCACACCGCCAACCCCGCACCCAGGGAAGCCAGAAAGCCAGGGCUUGGUGAAUGGUGUCGAAGGUCUUCAAAAGAGCCUCGCGAAAGCACAACUGGAGGAUUCUGACGCCAAUGCAGUCAAUGGUACCUCGCCCGUCAAGCGUCGCCCCAUUGGAGAUGGAGGCAAGCGCAGUGAUACCCUCGACUCUACGCGGUCAGAUGCCAGCAUUCCCAACGGUGUGAGCAAUGACGACAAUGCUAGCGUCACUUCAGCCUCUCCGAAAAUCCCGGUCUUUGAGCCUCGCCCUGGAUAUCGGCAGUGGGUUGCGCAGGCAGGCACCUUGGUCGCCGAUUUGCUUACGUGUGCCGGUGCCGAUCACAUCAUCACGAUGGACCUGCACGAUCCCCAGUACCAAGGAUACUUUGAUAUCCCUGUCGAUAAUCUCUAUGGGCGGCCUCUUCUGAAGAGGUAUAUCCAGCGGCAUAUCCCCGACUAUAAGAAUGCCAUCAUCGUGAGCCCUGACGCUGGUGGCGCGAAGCGAGCCACCGCCAUCGCCGACUCCUUGGGCAUGGAAUUUGCUCUCAUUCACAAGGAACGCCGCCCCACCAAGAUUACAGACCGUCAGAACGCGACCAUGAUGCUAGUAGGAGAUGUCCGGGAUCGGAUCGCCAUCCUGAUCGACGACCUGGCGGACACGUCUAAUACUAUCACUCGGGCGGCGAAGUUGCUGAAGAAAGAGGGAGCUUCGCAAGUCUAUGCCUUGAUUACACACGGUAUCCUCAGUGGCGAUGCGAUCGAACGGAUCAACGCGAGCGCACUCGACAAAGUCGUGGUGACGAAUACCGUUGACCAAGAAGAGCACCGCCGACGCUGCCCCAAGCUCGAAGUUCUUGAAGUGGGGAACGUAUUCGCUGAGGCUAUUCGACGUGUGCAUCAUGGUGAGAGUAUCAGCGUCCUGUUUCAAUACGACUGA